AUGUCUGGCACAAGAAAACCAACGAAGCUUGACGCUAAGAAGUUUAAUUGUCAUGAUCCUCACAUAGUCAGCAUCUACACAGUUUUCUUCGAGGUCCAGGAUGAACUCGCACGGAAGGUCACGGCAGAAUUGCCAACUAGUGACCGAACCUCUCUAGAACUCGUACGCCUCUUUGGCCAUCUUCUGGCGGAAGCCCCUACAUGCACCGCUCAAUACAAUCUUGCGCGUGAAAUACUGUCCGCCCCGUCGAAGCCUGGUAAACUCAAAAUUGGUGCGCAGGUUUUGGCUGCCGUGGGAGACAAACACUACAAGGUUUUUUCAUACGUCUCUGUACGUAACCUUCAACUUACCUCCGUUGGCUUAUUCUUUCCCCCUCACAACUAUGCAGUCCGCAGGAACAGAGGCCCCACACCCAAUCCAUCGAAUCAUUCCUCCAGGCCGUCGUAUGACAGAAAGAAAGAAGAGAUUUUGCCAUUGCUAAACCCAAAUAAGCUGGAUCACAGAGGGGCUAAGACUGCAGCUUUGCUUCGCGACGAUGAUCGAUGCAUAGUUACUCGUAAGUUCGAUUCGACUAUCUUCGAACAGAGCAGCGAUGAAUUUCAAGCCAAGCUCUUGGCCGCAAAGCAGCCUCUCUGCAUCACAGAAUGCUGCCAUAUUUUCCCAGAGUCUACAAAUUGUGAUAUUGACGACAAGUCGACGGUUGAAUAUGCAGCGGACGUGUGGACUAUCAUCGAAAGAUUCGGAUACCCGGAGCUCCGCGCGGAACUUGAAGGAGAAGAGAUUCAUUCAUUGAAGAAUAUCGAUACUCGUCAUCGAACCAACAACCCGAACAUGGUGUUCAUUGGCUAUGGUUUCCCUCGCGAAGUUCAAUUCAAGACAAUUGAUGAGAGAUUUGACUUGCCUGAUUCCCGGCUCUUGAAAUUACAUGCUACGUGCUGCAAAGUUGCAUGGAUGUCGGGGGCUGCAGGGUACAUGAACGAGCUGGAUCGGAAACGCGACGAUUACAACCCAUACGAGCAUGUUCCGGCGGACACCCUUUUCGCUCUUUUGUCAGGACUCCCCACUGCACCGGUCGACAAGGCCUUGAACCAGCUCAUUGAGACGCUGUCAUGUCAUAGUGACGAACAGCACUUAUAUCUUGUGUAG